GACUAUCCUCAAGUCAACUACCAUAAUAUUGUCAAAGACAGGGAACGGAAAAACAUGACAAACUGCGACUCCUACCAGCCAAUAGCGGUCACCUGGGGGGUUUUCCCUGGCAUGGAGAUCAUACAACCCACGGUCGUCGACCCUGUAAGCUUCCAUAUUUGGAAGGACGAGGCCUUCAUGUUGUGGGGGACCACUGGGCCAGUCUCUACAGCCCGAGUCCACCUCCCACCACAUCAUCUCACACAUCCAGAACACAUACUACCUCGUCAACCUCGUCGAUAAUGACUUGUCACUGGACGUCUCCUUUUCAUUCAGGUUGGUUCACAAUAGUAUGUGUUUUGUGGCUCUCCCAUACCUGUGUAAAACAAACGUAAGAGACCAUUUUGUCUCUCUCUCUUUUCCUCCUCCAUUCCCCUCUCCGCUCUCUUCUCUAU